UACUUGGAAAAAAGCCCUGAGUUAAACUAAGCUUAAUCAUGAAAUACAAUGAGAUAUUUCACUUCAGCCACCCCCACCACCGGCUGCGCUUCGAGUACACUGAGUUCCCUUUCAAAUGUGAUGGUUGCAAGGAAGUCGGGAUUGGCAAGCACUACAAGUGCACCACAUGCGACUUCGACCUCCACAUGCACUGUGCCAUCCCAUCCCCGACCGUCACGCACCCAUUCUACACCAAGUGCUCAUUUCAAUUCCUCUCGAGGCCUCCCGGAAACGUCCCACGCUACUGCAAUGCUUGUGAGAAGGAUGUGACCGGGUUCGUUUACCACUGCAAGGCCUGCGGGUUCGACCUCCACCCAUGUUGUGCAAAGCUCCCUAUGGUGCUAGACGAUGGCGAGGUGAAGCUUCUCUUGUACCGAAAGGUGAGCUCGUCAUGCCACCGGUGCGGGAGGAAAGGCAGGAGCUGGAGCUACCAGUCCACCUGCAAGAAGUACAAUCUCCAUGUAGCGUGUGUUCGGGAGAUGCUGGUCGAGAGUUGGUCCGACAUAUAUAACGAUCGCGGGAAGGGAAUCAGUGGCAAUAGCAGGAGGCCCCUGGAGACCAGAAUUCCCAGCCUCAAGAACACACUUCAAACUCCCCACAAAAAGAGUAGGUGCAAAGUGAAGAAAUGUUGUGAUGUCGCAGGGUUAGCUCUGCAGUUUGUUAUAUCGGCGGUUCUUGGUGACCCCACGACCCUAAUUGCUGGUGUGAUCGGGACAUUAAUGUUCUGAGGAUGAGGUCUCACCCGAAACUGUGGCCAAAUUGGGGAUGCUGCUGAUCAGGAUUGAACUUAUUCAUCGAAUGACCCCGAAUAAUGUAACAGCCUGACUAGUAUGGUUAGCAUUAAGUCCUAUCGAUAUAAAUCGCACCUCUGAUGCCACAGGUUCUGAGUCCACGGGUCACCAUGCAUGCUCUCUGGAACAUAUUAAAAAGUCUCCUUGUGUAACUGUUUGUGUAGCAUUCUUGCACUGGUUGAUAUGUGUUGUUAUGGUUAGACCACGAAAUUUGAUUAGUACACAUAUAAAAGAACCGAUAAUAUACGUAACUAACCUUAAUUUCGUA